AUGGUUGCCGGAUUCUGCCACAACACCACGCCAAUUUCUUUCUCCCUCUUUGUUCCCGAUGACCUCCACAAAAUUCUCUUUACCCUUCCUCUAUCAGCCUCCUUCCUCCACUGCAUCCAUCAUCGAUUUGUCAGUCCUAGUCGAUUGUCGUCUGUGGAUUUUAAAAGGGAUCCAUGGCCAAAGGUAAUUGUUGACCCUUUAUCUGCUGAGGAAGUGGCGGGAACUAAGCAUGGAUUUGAUUUAAAGGAUACAAGCAAGCAAGGAAAGACAAACAUUGCUGAGUUGAAAGCAGAAUUACAAAAGGUUGGUCAACAGAUCCCUGAUGCAGCACUUCAGAUACUUAUGGAUGCUGGAGAUGUUGACAAACAUGGGUACUUGAACUAUGAAGAAUUCGUUGUAACUAGAGAUGAUUUGUUGCACUUUGACUUUUAA